GCUACGCCGUUGCCUGCCGGUUGGGGGUGCUGGAGAGCAAGGGGGCGGGGAAAUCAAAGGGGGCGGAAGCGCGCAGCGCCGGCGCGUUUUCGCCGCUUGUCCCGCCAUGAGCGAACCGCAGUGCAAGAGGCCGAGGCUGUCGGGUUCGGAUUGUCAAGCGGCGGCCAGCCCCCAGAUUGAUGGCGAGGAGGAGGAGAAGGAGGAUGAGGGGGUGUUGCGCCGCUGCCGGGAGGCCGUUUGCGCCGAGUUCGCCGUUGUGACCGGUACUGACGAGAGUGUAGCUCAGUGUUACCUGGCGAAAAAUGAAUGGCUCCUGGAAAGAGCUCUCAAUUCCUAUUUCGAAGCAGCUGUUCAGCCAUCUUGCUCUGCGAUGGAGGCUGCCUCACAGUUAAUGAAUGGAGCAGAUUUCCAAAGAUGUAUUGAUUUAACAGAUGAAAGUAGUGUGCAGACGAGCAAAGAGGAUGGUGCAAAAUCACAAGUAGAUGAAAGCACCAUCUCAUUGUUAACCUGGAACAUAGAUGGACUUGAUGCAUCAAACCUACCAGAAAGAGCACGUGGUGUUUUUUCUUGCCUGGCGCUGUAUAACCCUGACAUAGUGUUUCUUCAGGAAGUUAUUGAGCCCUAUUACAAUUACUUGAAGAAGAGAGCAGUGAGCUACACUCUAAUUCCAGCAAACAAUGAUGGUUACUACACAACUAUUAUGCUAAAAAAAUCCAGAGUGAAAUUAUUGAAACAAGAAAUAAUAGCUUUCCCAACCACCACCAUGAUGAGAAACCUCCUCAUUGUUCAGGCGAACAUUGCUGGGAAUGAACUCUGCUUAAUGACUUCCCACCUGGAGAGCACAAAGGAACAUUCUCGGGAACGGAUUAAACAAUUGGGGACUGUGCUCAAGAAAAUGAGAGAAGUACCAGAUUGUGCCACUGUAAUAUUUGGAGGGGAUACCAAUCUGAGAGAUAAGGAGGUGAAAAGUUUUGGAGGAUUACCAGCUAAUAUCUCAGACGUCUGGGAAUUCUUAAACAAACCCGAACACUGCCGAUACACAUGGGAUACCACGACUAAUAAUAAUUUGAAGGCAUCUUAUGCUUGUAGGCUCCGAUUUGACCGUGUGUUUUUCAGGGCUUCCAAGGAAGGUCAAAUUGUCCCAAAGGAAAUGUCCCUCAUGGGACAAGACAAAUUAGAAUGCGGACGGUUUUGCAGUGAUCACUGGGGACUCCUUUGUGACUUCGAUGUCAUACUAUAAGAGCAAAUGAGGAGCUUGGACCAAAACAACAAUUAUGCCUGAAAGGUCGAGUUGUAUGCUUUCUGUAAUGAAAAUUUUCAGAGCUGUUUCUGAGUUAAUGGGGUGCCCCAUUAGCUACAUCCUACUUAACCUUACCAAGCCACUUAAACCCUUAAGUUUGCAGUCAUCGUUCUGAAGAGCUAGAGGUAUUGUUCACAUUACUGGUAUACAGGGUGUUGGGCUAAAUUAUGUAUUGGAGCAGAGCUUCUGAUGGGUUGGAAGAACUUGAUUCUGAAGCCAACUGUUUGUAGUGAUAAUGUGUUCCGUUCCUUAGCUCACUUCUUGUCACGGUGAGUGGAAAAAAAAUCCCUGCAAUUUGUUUUUAAAAUAACUUUUCUAGAAUGGCUCUUAGUUGACUACCUCACCUCUUAUGUCAGUGUAGCUGCAUUGGAGGUCUUUGAAAUUAUUUUGCAUGUAAUCGUUGUUCAUUUGUGCCAAAUACCUUUGGUUUAAUUUCUCCAUGGAAUAUCAUAAUUUUAGAAAUUAAGAGGGGGAAAAAUCUCCUUUUGUCUCAUCUUAACUCAUUAUUGGAAAGCCCUGUUGUUUAUUUUAGAUGCAUGUCUGAUUUAUCCUGUGGUUUUAAUGUUGCAAAUAAAAAUUUUUAACUAUCUGCAAAAAGAA